CCAAGAGACAGAGGAACUAUCGGAAUCAUCGUUGGUCUCGCCUUCAUGAUCAGAGUGAUGCUUGCUCUAGGGUUGGCUCUUUGUAUGAGGAGAUUCGCGCAUGUACCAAGAAAUUUGCAACUAAAAGCUUGGAGGUUGUGGAGAAAGGGGUCACCAUUGGAACUCGUGGAUCCAACCAUUUCAGAGAAUUGUGAAACCGAGGAAGUGAUAAGCUGCAUCCACAUUGCACUACUAUGUGUUCAACACAGUCCCACUGAUCGUCCCAACUUGUCAACAAUCAACAUGAUGCUCACUAACAAUUCGUACGUUUUACCUGAUCCUCAACAACCUGGAUUCUUCUUUCCAAAUAAAAGCAACAAAGAACGAGAUGGCCUCGAGUCUAGCCAGUCUACGAACAGGGAUCCAUUGAUUGCUGCUUUUGCAACUCUGUUACAAGGAAUUAUCGUCGGAAUCACUGUUGUUCUCGCCUUGGUGAUCAGUGUGCUGCUUGCUCUAGGGUAUGCUCUUUGUAGGAGACGAAAGGCGUCUCAAGAAUUUGCAACUGAAAGGAGCUCAAUGACGAAUUGCGGUACUGCACCACCAGAUGAUGAUAUGAACCCGAAAAUCGCAGAUUUUGGAAUGGCAAGGAAUUUCAGAGUGGACCAGACUGAAGACAAUACAGGAAGAGUAGUUGGAACAUUUGGUUACAUGCCUCCCGAGUAUGUGGCGAAUGGGCAGUUCUCGAUGAAAUCUGAUGUUUAUAGUUUCGGAGUAUUGAUUCUGGAGAUAAUUGUUGGCAAAAAGAGCAGUAGCUUCCACCAGAUAGAUAGUUCAGUAGGCAACCUGGUCACAUAUGUUUGGAGGCUUUGGAACAACGGAUUAUCGUUGGAACUCAUAGACCCGGUCAUAGGGGAGAAUUAUGAUAAAGAUGAAGUCAUUAGAUGCAUCCACAUCGGGUUAUUGUGCGUUCAAGAAAAUCCUGCAGAUCGUCCAACCAUGUCCAAUGUUUUCCAGAUGCUCACUAAUAAUUCAAUCACUCUGCCCGUUCCUCAAACACCUGGAUUUGUCUUCAGGGUCAGAUCCGAGCCAAACCCAUUAGCUGAGAGAUAUCAGCCUCGUUCGUCUACUGCCAUGUCGUUUGCUUGUUCCAUUGAUGAUGCAUCGAUCACGAGCGUCAAUCCUCGUUGAAAUUAGAGUUUAAACUGUAAUGAAUUAUUCAAAAGUUAUGUAUGUGUAAAUUGUGAGAUACUCAUCAAAGUAGUUAUGUACACUUUUAGCAUUUUCUAUUUUUUACAUUCUUAUACCAGCUCUUUGGUCAAUUUACUUACUUAACCGGUCCUCGCUGUCUUCUUUAGCCGGGGCUCACUCACUUUGAUGCUCUUUGUUAUAAAAUCCGUUUAGAUAG